GCAGAUUACGCUUCAUGUCAGUAGAAAUGGACAGCAGCAGUUUUAUUCAGUUUGACGUGCCCGAGUACAGCAGCACCGUUCUGAGCCAGCUAAACGAACUCCGCCUGCAAGGGAAACUAUGUGACAUCAUUGUCCACAUUCAGGGUCAGCCAUUCCGAGCCCACAAAGCCGUCCUUGCCGCCAGCUCCCCUUAUUUCCGGGACCAUUCAGCAUUAAGUACCAUGAGUGGCUUGUCAAUAUCAGUGAUUAAGAAUCCCAAUGUGUUUGAACAGUUGCUUUCAUUUUGUUACACUGGAAGAAUGUCCUUGCAGCUGAAGGACGUUGUCAGCUUUCUCACCGCAGCCAGCUUUCUUCAGAUGCAGUGUGUCAUUGACAAGUGCACGCAGAUCCUGGAGAGCAUCCACUCCAAAAUCAGUGUUGGAGAUGUUGACUCUGUGACCGUCGGUGCUGAAGAGACUCCAGAGAGUCAGAAUGGAGUUAAAGACAGCAGCUUCUUCGCCAACCCCGUUGAGAUCUCCCCCCCAUAUUGCUCUCAGGUACGGCAGCCCACCACAAGCACUGACCUUCGCCUGGAGACGACACCCAGCAAAGCCCUGCGCAGCCGCUUGCAGGAGGAAGGGCACUCGGACCGAGGGAGCAGCGGGAGCGUCUCUGAGUACGAGAUUCAGAUAGAAGGCGACCACGAGCAGGGGGACCUGUUGGUGAGGGAGAGCCAGAUCGCGGAGGUGAAGGUGAAGAUGGAGAAGUCGGACCGGCCCAGCUGCUCCGACAGCUCCUCCCUGGGGGACGACGGCUACCACACCGAGAUGGUGGAUGGGGAGCAGGUGGUGGCCGUCAACGUGGGUUCCUAUGGCUCUGUGCUCCAGCACGCCUAUUCCUACUCCCAGGCGGCCUCGCAGCCGGCUAGCGUUUCAGAGGCUUUUGGAGGCUUGAGUAAUUCCAGCCCUUCCAGAUCGAUGCUGAGCUGUUUCCGAGGAGGACGGGCCCGCCAGAAACGGGCUCUGUCUGUCCACCUGCACAGCGACCUGCAGGGCCUGGUGCAGGGUUCUGACGGCGAGGCGAUGAUGAGCAACCCGGGGUAUGAGAGCAGCCCCCGGGAGAGGAGUGCAAGAGGCCACUGGUACCCGUACAACGAGAGGUUGAUCUGUAUUUACUGUGGCAAGUCCUUCAACCAGAAAGGCAGCCUUGACAGGCACAUGCGACUCCACAUGGGCAUCACCCCCUUUGUGUGCAAGUUCUGCGGGAAAAAGUACACACGGAAGGACCAGCUGGAGUACCACAUCCGGGGCCACACUGACGAUAAGCCGUUCCGCUGUGAGAUCUGCGGGAAGUGCUUCCCUUUCCAGGGCACCCUCAACCAGCACCUGCGGAAAAACCACCCCGGCGUGGCCGAAGUCAGGAGUCGCAUCGAGUCCCCCGAGAGAACGGACGUGUACAUGGAACAGAAACUAGACCAUGAUGCAUCGGCCUCCGAGAUGGCCCUUGACUCCCGCAUGGAAAUCCACACAGUGUCGGAUGCUCCCGAUUAAGGUGGUAAAGGAAUGCUCCCAGACAAAGCACACUGAUCAAUGCAUAUUUGUGAUUUGCUUUGUUGUAGUCUUUGGUUUUCCCAACCAUCUGGAAAUCUCUUGGU